AUGGGCGACUGGGGCUUCCUUGAGAAGCUGCUGGACCAGGUCCAGGAGCACUCGACCGUGGUGGGCAAGAUCUGGCUGACGGUCCUUUUCAUCUUCCGCAUCCUCAUCCUGGGCCUGGCCGGCGAGUCAGUGUGGGGCGACGAGCAGUCGGAUUUCGAGUGUAACACGGCCCAGCCAGGCUGCACCAACGUCUGCUACGACCAGGCCUUCCCCAUCUCCCACAUCCGCUACUGGGUGCUGCAGUUCCUCUUCGUCAGCACGCCCACCCUGGUCUACCUGGGCCAUGUCAUUUACCUGUCUCGGCGCGAGGAGCGGCUGCGGCAGAAGGAGGGGGAGCUGCGGGCACUGCCGGCCAAGGACCCACGCGUGGAGCGAGCACUGGCAGCCAUAGAGCGACAGAUGGCCAAGAUCUCGGUGGCGGAGGACGGUCACCUGCGGAUCCGCGGGGCGCUGAUGGGCACCUAUGUGGCCAGCGUGCUCUGCAAGAGUAUGCUAGAGGCAGGCUUCCUGUACGGCCAGUGGCGUCUCUAUGGCUGGACCAUGGAGCCUGUGUUCGUGUGCCAGCGCUCACCCUGCCCCUACCUCGUAGACUGCUUUGUCUCACGCCCCACGGAGAAGACUAUCUUCAUCAUCUUCAUGCUGGUGGUUGGACUCAUCUCCCUGGUGCUCAACCUGCUGGAGCUGGCGUACCUGCUGUGCCGCUGCCUCAACCGGGGGAUGAGGGCCCGGCAGAGCCAGGACACGCCCCCAGCCCAGGGCACCUCCUCGGAGCCUUAUGCUGACCAGGUCUUCUUCUACCUCCCCGUGGGUGAGGGGCCCUCAUCCCCGCCGUGCCCCACCUACAACGGGCUGUCAUCCAGUGAGCAGAACUGGGCCAACCUAACUACGGAGGAGAGGCUGGCUUCUUCCAGACCCCCCCUCUUCCUGGACCCGCCCCCCCAGAGUGGCCGGAAAUCCCCCAGUCGCCCCAGCAGCUCUGCUUCCAAGAAACAGUAUGUAUAA